GCGGCAUUGGCGGCGGCGGCGGCGGCGGCAGCGGCAGUGGCAGUGGCAGUAGUAGUCCUGAGGCCGGUCUCGCGGCCUUUCUCGAGGCCGCUUUCCGGAUAUGGAUCAAAAGCUUUCUCAGUUAGUGGAGGACCUCACCACUUCAGGAGAACCACAGCUGGAUCCUGAAAAAAUGAAGGAAGUGAAGAAAAUCUGCAAAUCUUCAGAGGAGCACGUCAGUCAUGCUUACCAUUUACUCAUGACUCAAUUGAAUCAAGAACAUGCUGAGAUACGUUUCUCAGCUUUUCAGAUUGUGGAUGAGCUCUUUACCAGGUCACAUCAGUUUCGGACAUUAAUUAUUUCCAACUUCCAAGAAUUCCUGGAACUCACAAUGGAAACAGACUAUGAGCAGCCUCUCCCACCCCCAAAAGAAGUAGCCCAGAAAUUGAAGAAAGCUGCCCUCAAAUCUGUUACAGAAUGGAAUGAGAAAUAUGGAGAUGCCUACAAGAAGCUUUCUCUUGGAUAUCAUUUCUUAAAACAUAACAAAAAGGUGGAUUUUCAAGAUGUUAGCGCCAGGACUUUGGCUGAAAGAAAAAGAGAUGAAGAGAAACAAAAACGAUUAGACAGCAUCUAUAAGGAAAGGGCCAAAAGAAUGGAAAAAGAAAUGGAAGAAAUGUCUGAAGAAAUUGAAAUGUGCCUAACAGAGGUGGAGAAUUGCUUCAGACUCUUAAUGCCCUUUGAUUUUACCAUGAGAGAUAUGGAGGUAGAAGCAGUGGCAGCUGGGGUUUCUAUAGCAGAGAGAGAAGCCUUGGCGGGGGCCUUGAAUGGUGCAAUCGCAAGCCCAGCAUCUGGCUUGAGGCCUGAUGACCAGGAGCAGCCUUGUUGCAGCAAAGACUUACUUCCUCCAGCUCUCUGCCUGAAAGAGGUUGGAAACAGAGAUUGGCCAGUGCGGUCGAGACCUCCAGAGCCAAAGGAGGUGAAUCACAGGGAACAUGAAGAUGAAGAUGAUUCUGAUGAUGAGGAGGAGGAGGAGGAGGAGGACGACUACAAUAAUGACGAUGAUGAUGAUGACGAUGAUGAUGAUGAUGAUGAUGAUGAUGAUGAUGAUGGUGAUGGGGAGGACUUUAUAAGAAGCCAUGGUCUUGGCUCACAUAAAUACUCUCUGAACUUAGAAAUCCCCACAGAUUUGCAAGUACAUGAGAAUGAAGAUAACAGAGCUGUGGUCAACAGUGCCAUGGAUGGACUUAAGCUCAUUAAAAAUAAGUUCCUGCCCUCUGUUCAUUCAUGGAUUCAGCUGUUUACUCGAGCAGGGAUUCAUGAUGAACGUUUGAAACGUGCCAUUGAUCUUAAGAAGAAAUUAGAAAUUGCUAUUGGAAAAUAUAAGGAAAUGAACAUUGAACCUGAAGGACGAAAAAGGAAAAUGAUGGGGAAAAUGCACCCAGGGAGAGCAAGUCCUUUUGAGAGUAUGCAGAGGCGAGCCUUAGAUGCCGACUCCGACUCCGAUGAAGAUGAAGUGGAUUUUGUGGAGGUGCCCGAGAAGGAAGGUUAUGAGCCCCACAUUCCAGACCACCUGCGGAAGGAGUAUGGGCUAGAGCCCCUGUUACAUCUGUCAGCCCCAAGGAAAGGAGGAGGAAUGAAGUCAGUAGGUCUCAGCUCAUCUGCUAAGCCAAGACCCAGUGAAGAAGAAUUGGACCCAACCUGUGCUGCAGCUACCCUGAGGGUGCUCCGAGAUAGGCUCCCCACGUUCUCUCCUCUGUCCAGCAGUGUAUCUGGAAGUGCCCCAGCAGCUUCUCUGGGAGAGGCUGACGACAGCAAGGAAAGGAAGCUUGCAGAAGAGCGAGCAAGAGCACCUGUGAUGCCAUUUGGGAUGGACCUUUACUACUGGGGAAAGGAGCAGCCGACUGCCGGGAAGAUCCUUAAAUUUGGUUCCGAGCAUCGGUUCUGGAAACCAAAUGAGACAGAAGAGGAAGUGGAAAGUACAGAAAUUGCUGAGAUGUUGAAGAGCCGCUACAUCACCUUUGCUGGCAAGUUUGAGCCUGUGAAGCACAAGUGUGGGGCCCUGAUGCCCAACGGGAGCCUUUGUGAGAGGCAGGAUCGGCUGAAGUGCCCAUUCCAUGGGAAAAUCAUUCCCCGGGAUGAGUGUGGAAAUCCUAUCAACCCAGAAGACAAAGCCAGAGAGGAAAAGAAGAAAUUUGAGAAGCAAGCACAGCACCCAGAGUGGCAAGAUGUGGAGUUUAUGAAGGAAGUUGAAGCGGCUACUGGAGUGGACCUUGGCUCUGCCAGGUACAGUAAAAAAGCAACAGAGGGGAAAAGCAAAGGAAAGAAAAGGAAGUACCCAAACUUGACCGACCUGAGGCAGCAAGUCAAUACGUCCCGAGCAAGGAUUGGGAAAAAGGUGUUUGACAAAGGGGCGAUGAAACGGGUGAUAAAGGCUAUGAAUCGUAUGGACCAGAAGAAGCACGAGAAGUUUGCCAACCAGUUUAACUACGCAUUAAAUUAAGUUGUUUCCAAACCGAUCCCUGGGGAGAGGCCACAACAUUCAUGGGACUGGAACUAAGUGUUGGUGGAACCUACCAAGAUCUCGUGGUGUCUCACACCACGUGGGUUCUGGCCUGCCUCCCCAGCCAUCUGUUAACUCUUUGAGAUUUGAUAAUGAACAUGGUUUUUAGCAAUAACACCAGGGCCAGACACGACUGUGUGUAUUGAACAUCAGCUGGUGACUACUUGGAUAUGACAGUAAACAUAAUGAGCUCUGUGGAAUGUCCUGUACGUGUUCUGAUUUAAAUUCUGGGGGCUUUUGCUUGCUCAUGGGGUGAUGCAGUCGACUCCCCCAGUCUCUGGGGCCUGGGCUGGUCUGUUAAGCUCCAUGAGUGUGCGGAUGCCCUUUGAUGUCAGCACCCAGCUGAAGCUCUUUAAAUCCUGCCCCCCGCAUUGGGUACAGUCCCUGGUGCUACCCCAUGCUUGCGCUAUGCCAGGCAUGGCAUGGAGAGGGACUGCCUGCUUUUAAAGGAAGGGGUACACUGGAAGGGAAUUAGACUAUGGCUGGGGAGAAAUGAAUUUGUAUUAUAUUACAUAGGACCACAUUUGUCACUGUGAUGUUCUUUGUAACUUUCCUGAGCCUUACAUGAGUUUUAAAUUAUUGUUUGUAAUAAUAAUUAUUAGUAUUAACUAUUAUAAUUAAAACUAUUGUUAACAUGA